AUUUCUUUGGAACAAAGAGACUGGGGAUUAUGAGUUGGGGGGACUCAGGUCUUAAGGGUGUCUUCCUGUGGUUAGGGUUUGUUUCACUCUGCAGUGGGUCAAGAAGUGUUAUUAUGCGGCACAGUGGUGACCAUGAAUGUUUGCACUGAGUCAAGAAGGGCAAGUUCUAUUCAGCUUCCUUCAAUGAUUGCUGAGAAGCGAGGGUUCUCUGGUUGGUAGUCUUUUCACCUCUGGUCACAGCUGGGUACUUGUGUCCCUGUUCAACUCCUAGGGCUUGGAAUCUUUGGCCUAACGUAUCAUCACUCAUAUAUCCAUCCUUUUGAUCUCCUACAUUGUGAAAUCCAAGGAAAGUUUGAUGGGCAGUGGAGCAAUCUUGGUUUUCUGAGUUGUCUUUGAAUGGGUGUCUGACUUUUCUAAGAUUCUCUUCUGAAAAGAUUUAUCUUUGCCAAAUGUGUGCUACUGAUCAGUGACAGUGUUGAGAUUACAGCAGGCAGCUGUUCUUUCUCAAUUUUUGAUUGAUAUAGUUUGUGCUGAACUCAGUUAGGAGUGAGGAUAAUAUGGGCUGCAACUCUGGAUAUUCUUCUGAUUGACUCCCAGCAAUCCUUCAACCGCUGUCUAAUGCUCAUCAAUUUCCAUGGAUGAGUCAUUCAGCAGUGAGCUUUAGAACCUGUCCACAAGCUUGAAAUCAUGCAAAAAUAGCUUAGAUUUCCCAGCUGAUUUCAGAUUUCACUGAGAGAUCAACUGCAAAGUUUUCUUGCUACAUGAUGAAUCCUUUCGAUGCAACUACAUCAAGAGAUAACUCUGGAGCUCAGAUGCAGAAGAAGAACAAAAUCGACAUGAUGGAAGCUGUCAGAAUUUCCUCAUUAUCUACUGAUUAUGUAUCCAAGAAUGGCAGUCUGAUGAAGGAACAAAAGGACAUGCAUCAUCAGCCUAACCGCACUGGUGUUCACCAAGAAGAUCCAUCUAAUCUGGCCACUGCAGCUGGGAAUUCUUCUUCCUCUACGACAAGGAGAAGAGCAAAUGAGAUACCUAUGGAGAUGGAAGAGGAUCAUGAACCGAAAUCCGAGCGAAAGAGUUUGACGGUGGCUACUGUUAAUCCUAAACGGAAGCAGGUAAAAGACAUCACUGAAUCAGAUCUAGUUCACGUCCGGGCUAGGCAUGGCCAGGCAACAAGCAACCACAGUCUUGCAGAAAGAGUAAGAAGGGAAAAGAUCAAUGAGAGGAUGAAGCUUCUUCAAGGCCUUGUUCCUGGUUGCAGCAAGGUCACAGGAAAGGCAGUAAUGCUGGAUGAGAUCAUCAACUACGUUCAAUCACUACAACAGCAGGUUGAGUUCCUGUCAAUGAAGCUUGCAGCUAUCAAUCCAAGGCUGGACAUUGACAGAGAGGGAGUUCUUCCUAAAUAUCUACUUCAGCCCUGCAAUAGCCCCUCAGCUGCUGCUGGUUUCUCAUCAGACAUAAUUCAUCCGCAACUACAUCUGCCACACCAGGGUUUGAUCCAAUCUGCGUUAUCUGGGCCCAGAAACCCUCCAGAUUUACUUGGAAGAUCAAUAGAUACUCAAAUGACUGCAGAAGAUGGAUAUAACAUGCAGGUGUCUAAUGCAUGGGAUGAAGAGCUCCACAAUGUUGUGCAAAUGAGAUGUAGCAGCAGUACCAAUCUCUAUACUCAUAGAAUUCAACAGUAAACCUCAAGAAGUGCAUGCAGCAUGAAACCAUUAUCCUGCAGUCCUUGUUGCUGGUUUGACUGAAAGUUCAUGUUGCUUCAAAGGUGUUGCAUAUUUCAUACAAAAGGCUUCAUCACUGCCUUUGAGCAUCUUGCGCUUGGUUGGGGUGGUGGAGCAAGCCAAGUGAAUUGAGAGGAAAUGCUACCAUAGAAGAACACCAAAAUAGUUAUAAUGUAAGAGGAAAUUAACAUUACUAAUCAAAUCCAUGGUUAGUAUUCAACCA